AUGGAGGAAGAGAUCAUCGGAAUUGAUGCCACACAAACGCGCCAACUACUUCAACAGCUGGACCAAGAACAAGGAGAACUCAAGUCUCAACUUUCCAUCGUCCGAAUCAGCGAACCGAUUUUCUCUCCAGACGCAGACUCCUCGGACCCCUCACCGUCGAAGCGCAAUUCAGACGUGUCUGCUCUUGAAAAUCCAACGCCAGCAUCGCUCGAAGCAGACUUGACACACUACAAGGAACUAUUUUCGAAACUGCGCUUUUCUUACGUUGAACAAGUAACUAAGGAGAAAUUCUUACGUGCUAUCGUUGGCGAUCCGCCACUCGUUGUCGGCCACAAUGAGAACGUGGAGUUGGAGACGCAGCUUGCCGAGAUAAAGGCCGAACUCAAGGCGCGUAAAGAGGAGGUACGGCUGAUGAUAGAGGAGAUGGAGAAGACCGGCAGAGACCUUGCGGCGCGAUAUAAGAACAUUCAGCUGCAGACGACACAACUCGCAACCCUUCCCGAAUCCAUCGAGAACCUCGAGUCUACUAUUGGCGCAUUACGGGCGACACAGAUCGCCAAUUCGGACAAAUCAUCAUCGCAAAAUCUGCCUCUCCCAGCGACCCUGUCCCUCCUAGCUGAACGCGAGGCCGAACUCGCGGCGCUUAACCGGCAAAUCGCUGCUGCCCAGAAUACCCUGCCUCGCAAGACGAGAGAGGCCGAGGCCGUGGAGCGGGAAUUAAGUAUACUCGAACGGCGAAAGUCCGAGGCUAUAGUGCAAGCCAGGGAGGCUCAAAGGAAGAAGCAGGAGGGAGAAAGUGACGGACUCGAAGAAGCAGGGAGGUGGUAUAGGAGCGCGGAAGAAGCCCUCCAGAAGCUAGUGGGAGUGGAAGGAUAG